UAUGCAAACUGAAUCCAUAGAUAAGAUUCGAAAAGGGAGCGUGUCGUACAGCAAGUUUUAUAAAAGAUAUAUUAAGAAUAACUGCCCCGUUAUUAUAGAUUGUGUGUCGAAUAAGUGGGAGUGCAGUAAAAGUUGGAUAGAUAGCGACGGCGGCGAACAUGCAAGCGUUAUAAGUUUUACUUAUCUAAAACAUAAAAUAGCCGAUCAUUUGGUGACUGUAACAAAGUGCUCUCCAAAUUAUAAGGAAAAUUGUUUAGUGAAGUUGGGUUUCCACAACUUUUUGGACUUCUGGGAAAAACAAAUUAGUGUUGAAAGUGGGGAGUUGAAUUCUAUAAAUGAAGAACCAAAUCUUUAUUUGAAGGACUGGCAUUUGAAGGCUCAGUUUCCCCUUUAUGAAUUUUAUAAAGUACCAUCUUACUUUAGUUCAGAUUGGCUAAAUGAAUAUCUUGUUAACCAUGGCCGAGAUGAUUAUCGAUUCGUAUACAUGGGACCAAAAAAUUCUGGGAGUCCUUUCCAUGUAGAUGUCUUUGGAUCAUUCAGUUGGUCUACUAAUAUAUACGGAUGCAAGAAAUGGAUUCUUCUACCGCCCGGUGAACAAUAUAAACUAAGAGAUUGUUUCGGAAAUAUUAGUUGUAAUAUAAACGAAAAAGAAUUAAAAGAAAGUAAUGUGUCUUUCUAUGUAAUUUAUCAACAAAGAAACGAAGCUGUAUUCGUACCAAGUGGUUGGUAUCAUCAAGUGUGGAAUAUUACUGAUACUAUUUCGGUCAAUCAUAAUUGGUUCAAUGCAGCAAAUAUAAGAUACAUAUGGCAUAAUAUGUCAGAAAAUUUGAGGAAAGUAAUUGAUGAAAUCAAAGAUUUCAGAAGAAUAUCGAACUUUGAAGCAGAGUGCCAAGCAAUUCUUCGUGCUAAUUUUGGAUUAAACAUAUCGGAUUUCCUCGAUAUUUUGCGUUUUAUAUGUGAGACUCGGUGCCAUUUGAUUACAAACAGACGCAAAAACUUAUUAAAUAUGCCUACAAGUUUGGUAGCAGACUCCCACUUGCACAACGACUUAAAAAACAUCAAUGUAGUUUUGACUGCUAUGACUCAGGAUAAAUUCGUGCAUAGUUCUGCUGCAUACGAAAGAUGGUCACUGGCUUUUGGAAAAAAAGAAACGAUUGCAUAUCAACCGCCAGCAAACCCAAUUGCAGCAGUACCAGUACUAUUUGUGUCUUUAAUCUUUCGCUGUACGGACACGGUGGCCAUUUCAGUGAAGCAGUGUAUCAAUAUGGUUGGCCGUGUGCUAGUCUAUGGUGGCAAAGGCGCUUUGGGCGCUGCCUGUGUUUCACACUUUAAAUCAAAUAACUACUGGGUGGGAAGUAUUGAUCUUAGUGUUAACGAAGACGCGGACGCCAGUAUCGUAUUACCCCGUGAUCUAGGUUGGGAGGAGCAGGAAGCUGAAGUUCUAACAAAAGUUGGUGACGCGUUGAAUGGACAGAAAUUGGAUGCUGUAAUUUGCGUGGCCGGUGGCUGGGCGGGUGGUAAUGCCGCCAAAGAUUUGGCUAAAAAUGCAAACUUAAUGUGGCGACAAAGUGUAUGGACGUCUAGUAUAUCGGCAACGGUUGCUUCCAAGUACCUGAAGGAUGGAGGUUUACUCACAUUGACUGGAGCUCAACCAGCGUUGCAAGGCACACCUGGCAUGAUUGGCUAUGGUAUGGCCAAAGCAGCCGUGCAUCAGUUAACUCGUUCAUUAGCUGGUAAAAACUCUGGACUACCCACUGAUUCCAUUGUUAUUGCUAUACUCCCUGUCACUUUGGAUACUCCUAUGAAUCGCAAAUGGAUGCCGAAAGCAGACUUCAGCACAUGGACUCCUCUGACAGAAGUAGCUGGCCUCUUUUACAAAUGGACUGAAGGUAAAGACCGUCCAAAUUCUGGUGGUUUACUGCAGUUAAUAACCAAGGAUGGUGUCACCCAAUUGGUUGAAGCUAAUUAAAUGUAAAUGUUUGUGCUGGAAAAACUUAUAUGUACUUCAACGACUCAUGGCGUUAGGGAUAUACAAAAGAAAAAAGUAUAAUAAUUAAAAGAUAAUUACAACAUCUUUCACAAUGUUAUACCUAAGAAUAGUGUACCUAGUGCUCAACAUAAAUUAUUGUACUAAAUAUAAUCAGCUAUAAAAUAUAAACCAAUUAUAAAAUA